CAAGCUGGCAGCCUGAAGGAGGAAAUAUAACUAACAAACAAAAAACAGGAGAAAAGACUGUGUGUGGACAUAGAGCUGUUUAAUACCAGCCACAUGUGGAUCCGACACAGUUCGUACGCUUUGAAAGAUACUUGGGAGUAGUUUUUCCUUACUUUCUGGAGUUACACAAAAGGUGUGAGUGAGAGAAGUGGGACGGUGCGAGCCAUGGGAGGAGCUGCAGGGCUCUCCAUGUAUGGAAUCCAGCUCUGUUCAUAUGGUAAAGAGAAGGUCACAUGGGGCAAUAGUCUUAGAGCAGCGGUGGGGGGGAAAGGGAGGGAAAGGAACAAGGAAAGAGAGUGAAGACACACUGGAGUGGACUUUGGUUUGCCUCAUGCACAGGAGGCGCAACUUUAGAGGACACUGGAUCACUGCAUAAACAGAAAGGAAAUAGAAUCUGAAGGCCAUGUUGUGGUCAAACUAACUUUUUUUUUUUUUUUAUAUCAUUGAGUGGCUCCUCGAGGCCCUCAUUUCCUUUCCUUUGGAGACUUGCUUUUGUUGCUGCCAGGGUGAAAGUUCAGCAACUGGUGUCAUCUUGUUUGUUUUUUUGUUGUUUUUUUGCUGUGAGUCACAGUUUGUUCCGUGGGGAGAAGAGCCAACAUGCCAACCAACUUUACAGUAGUGCCAGUUGAAGAUGCAGAAGGUGGAACCAGCACCAACAACAACAGCAGUAGUAAUGCCGCCGCCGCCGUCACCGCAGCUGGAAGCAGCAAACCUGUCAGCCUGGACCAGAUAUUUGGACAGGGACAGGAAGAGGACAACCUACAAGGACCAGGAGGUGAUGACGAUCAGAAGGAGUCGACUCCAUUCAUCAACUCAGACAAUGAUGGUGAACACUACUAUGAUGGAAAGAACAUGGCCCUGUUUGAGGAGGAGAUGGACAGCGCCCCCAUGGUGUCGUCUCUCCUCAACAAACUGGCAAACUAUACCAACCUGACCCAGGGCGUGAGGGAGCACGAGGAGGCGGAGAAUGAGGAGGGAGUCAGGAGGAUCACUGUCACGGGCCCUCAGAUGGGGACGUUCAUCGGCGUCUACCUGCCGUGCAUGCAGAACAUCCUGGGUGUGAUCCUCUUCCUGCGUCUUACGUGGAUCGUCGGGACGGCCGGAAUCCUGGGAUCCUUCGCCAUCGUGUCCAUGUGCUGCAUCUGUACUUUGCUCACAGCCAUAUCGAUGAGCGCCAUCGCAACCAACGGAGUCGUCCCAGCUGGCGGCUCCUACUACAUGAUCUCCAGGUCUUUGGGUCCAGAGUUCGGAGGAGCCGUGGGUCUCUGUUUCUACCUCGGUACCACCUUCGCUGGGUCCUUGUACAUACUGGGUACCAUCGAGAUUCUACUGACCUACAUCGUCCCAAAGGCGACGGUGUUCCAGGCUGAAAGUAAAGAAACGGAAGGGGCUGCCUUGCUCAAUAACAUGCGAGUCUAUGGAACGUGUUGCCUGGUUCUCAUGGCGCUGGUGGUGUUUGUAGGGGUGAAGUACGUCAACAAACUGGCCCUGGUGUUUCUGUCCUGUGUGGUUCUGUCGAUCUUGGCGACUUACGCAGGAGUCAUCAAGACGCUCAUCGAACCGCCCGAGUUCAAUGUCUGUCUUCUGGGAAACCGCUCGCUAAAGAACGACAACUUUGAAAUUUGCGCGAAAACAAAGGAUGUGAAAAACACCACAGUGAACAUGGAGCUGUGGGCUCUGUUCUGUACCAACAACACCUGCGACGACUACUUUGAGCUCAACAACCUGACGGAGAUCCCGGCCAUACCGGGGCUGCUCAGUGGAGUCAUCAGAGAUAACCUGUGGGGGAACUACGGUCCAGCUCAGACAUUAAUUGAGAAAAGGAACCUGUCUUCAGUCCCAGCUAAGGACGUGACCAAAGACUUCUAUAAACCCUACAUCUUCAGAGACAUCACCACUUAUUUCACACUGCUGGUGGGAAUAUACUUCCCCUCUGUCACAGGUAUAAUGGCUGGAUCAAACAGAUCAGGUGAUCUCAGAGAUGCUCAGAGGUCGAUCCCCAUUGGAACCAUCAUGGCCAUCCUGACCACGUCCUUCAUCUACAUCUCCUUUGUCGUCUUGUUUGGAGCCUGUAUUGAAGGAGUGGUUCUAAGAGACAAGUUUGGAGACUCUGUAAAGAAAAAGCCGGUGAUCGGCGUCCUGGCGUGGCCAUCACCGUGGGUGAUUGUGAUUGGCUCGUUCUUCUCCUGUUGUGGGGCGGGGCUACAGAGUCUCACCGGGGCUCCGCGGCUUCUGCAGGCCAUCGCUCGUGAUGGUAUCGUCCCUUUCCUCCAGGUGUUUGGUCACGGUAAAGCUAACGGCGAACCGACCUGGGGUCUGCUGCUGACCGUUGGGAUCUGCGAGAUCGGAAUCCUCAUCGCGUCCCUCGAUGCCGUGGCCCCCAUCCUCUCCAUGUUCUUCCUCAUGUGUUACCUGUUCGUAAACCUGGCCUGUGCUGUCCAGACUCUGCUGAGAACCCCCAACUGGAGACCCCGCUUCAAGUUCUACCACUGGACUCUGUCGUUCCUGGGGAUGAGUCUGUGUCUUUCGCUCAUGUUCAUCUCCUCGUGGUACUACGCCCUGGUUGCCAUGGUGAUCGCCGGCUGUCUCUACAAGUACAUCGAGUACAGAGGGGCAGUGAAAGAGUGGGGUGACGGUUUCAGAGGUCUGUCCUUGAACGCAGCACGUUACGCUCUCAUUCGCCUGGAGGAAGUUCCAUUACACACCAAAAACUGGAGGCCUCAGCUGUUGGUCAUGUGUAAACUGGACUCCAGCCUGUCCGUCAAACACCCUCGUCUCCUGUCCUUCACCUCGCAGCUCAAAGCAGGGAGGGGUUUGACCAUCGUCUGUUCGGUGCUGGAGGGAACCUUCAUGACCAGAGGGAAGGACGCCAAGACCGGAGAACAGAAUCUAAAGGCGGCCAUGGCCUCGGAGCGGACCAAGGGCUUUUCCCAUGUGGUGGUGUCGUCCAACCUGCGGGAUGGGUUCUCCCUGCUCGUCCAGUCUGCUGGACUAGGAGGAAUGAAACACAACGCAGUCCUGAUGGCCUGGCCCGCAUGGAAACAAGCCCGGGACUCCUCCACCAAAAGAAACUUCAUAGAGACGGUGAGGGAGACCACGUCGGCACACCAGGCUCUACUCGUUGCUAAAAACAUCGACCGUUUCCCCAGCAACCAGGACCGUCUGAAGGAAGGAAACAUCGACGUGUGGUGGAUCGUACACGACGGCGGGCUGCUCAUGCUCCUGCCGUUUCUACUUCGUCAACACAAGGUGUGGAGAAAGUGCAGGAUGAGAAUCUUCACCGUGGCCCAGAUGGACGACAACUCCAUCCAGAUGAAGAAAGACCUCCAGAUGUUCCUCUACCAUCUACGCAUAGACGCCGUGGUAGAAGUGGUGGAAAUGCAUGACAGCGAUAUCUCAGCCUUCACCUACGAGAAGACGCUGGUGAUGGAGCAGAGAUCUCAGAUGUUGAAACAGAUGCAGCUGUCCCGCACUGAAAGGGAACGAGAGAUUCAGAGCAUCACAGAUGUGUCGCGUGGUUCCAUAAAGAGGAAGAAGUCAUCAGGCGUCGAAGCCUCUGUCGCCACCCGGAAACCUGUCAUCACAUGCAUACCAGAGGAAGAGGCUCAGCUGAUCCACGACCGCAACACGGCGUCGCAUUCUACGAACGACAAAGCCGCAGGUUCACCACCGGAACGUGUCCACAUGACCUGGACCAAAGACAAACUGGUUCAGGAGAGAAACAGGCACAAAGAAACCCUGGCAGUGAAGGACGUGUUCAACAUGAAACCUGAGUGGGAGAAUCUCAACCAGUCCAACGUGCGGCGGAUGCACACGGCCGUGAAGCUGAAUGAAGUGGUUCGCAUGAAAUCCCAGGAGUCCCAGCUGGUCCUGCUCAACAUGCCCGGACCCCCGAAAAACAAGAAAGGGGACGAGAACUAUAUGGAGUUCCUGGAGGUUCUGAUGGAAGGCCUGGACCGGGUGCUGUUGGUGCGUGGAGGAGGUCGGGAGGUUGUUACCAUCUACUCCUAAAGCUGAGGGACUGUUCAUGAUCUGGAAAGAAAUGUUUGGGUGGCGACAGGUUGUGCAGGUUUGAUGGUUUCAAAGUGGAAUAUGGACUGAAGAUG